UGUUGGAAAACCAACCACCAGUUUUAUCCCAUCCAUUUGUUAAUACUUCAAAUUUUAAAAAUACAAGUCGACAAGUGGAACAGCAACGGAAUAUCAGUAAGAAUAUGUUUACCGAAUCUGAUUCAAGCACAAUGGAAAACAGGAUAGUCAGAGAAUCGGCAGGGGUUAAUCGUCAAGAAAGUGACAAGUUUUGGAAUAGAAAUGUUAAAAGCUUUUACGAUCAAACGUUUAUGAGGAAUUCAGAAGACCAUAUUGUACAAAAAAGGAGAGAAUUUAAGCAAUUGUUUGAUUUGCCAGAAUCAGAGAAAGGAGAUGAGCUGAAAGAAUUUGAGAAAAAAAGUAGGCUUGACCAAGUAGAGGAUUCUUUUAAAGAAUCACAUUCGGUAAAAAAUGAGAAGCAAAAAUUGCUGCAAUUAAACAAUGAAAUGUAUUCUCCUUUUGAACAAACAAAUGUGUCUGCUGUAGAAGGACCUCCAUAUUUAAAUUCAAGAAUGAGAGAUCAGUCUUGUAUGUCAUCUUCAAGAGGGUUGGGAGAAGAACCAAACAACUAUACAGUUUAUGAAAACACAGGUUCAGGAGCACAUAAUAUGGAGCAGCAGAAUAUAGAGGAUCUACCUACUGAUAGUUCAAGGCAUGCACGAAUUCCCCCACCACCAUUACCACCACCACUAUUAUCAUCAUUCAACAAUGACUCUUAUCCUUUUGAAGAAUGUAGCCAAGAAAGAAGUUCAAGAUGGAACGAAAAAGAGAGAUCUUUAUACCAGAAGGUACAGUUUCAUAAUCCAUCACAUACAGAUAUUCUUCCUCCUCCACCAUCACCACCAUUCAAAGAUACUGAUUUUUGGAAAUCUGACCGACAAAGAGGAUCUGGAUAUGAACUAGAUGAGAGGUCCUCAUACCAACAACAGUUGAGUUUUCCUAGUCCAUCAGACAGAAAUACAAACUUUAGAAGUACAGUUCUUGAAGAAGAAAAGCAGGUGGAUAAAGAAGAUCAACAGAGAGAGAAGGGAUCUAAAUUCUCUAGCCUGUUUGACUUCAGUGAUACUUCCAGAGCUGAUGGUAAACAAUUGACUCCUGAAGCCAGUAAAAGAGAUAGGAACCAACCGUAUGAGAGAGGAAAUAGCAGUAGAAACUAUAGAGAAGUGAAAUCGGGAGCUUCAAACUUUUCCUCAAACAGAGAGCAUUCUCAACAGGAAACACAUCCAUAUUGGAGAAAAGAUAUUAAAGUUGCUUAUGAUCAAACGAAGUUGGAGCUUAACAGAAGAGGUCAAUCAAAUUUUUCCGAGCGUUUUGAUGUAGACAGAUCCCAAGAUACAUGGAAAUCACGCUAUCAAUCGAACCAUAGCAGAAGUCCUGAUAGAAGAGAAAAGAAAAGAGGUCAUAGUUUCAGCAAACUCAACAAAUAUGCAAAAUAUCCUAAAUAAUGUUUUAUAUAUUUUGCAGUCAUAGUAUUAUAUUGAUUACUGUUUUGGUAACUGUUUAUUUUAGUACAUAUAAUGUAGUAUAUAAAAUUGUAAUAAAUUUUGUCACUAUAGUA